ACACACAGCUGAAGCAAUUUCUAUAAAAAUAAAUAAGGAGUAAACAGAGACAUUGUUCUAACAGUAUGCUCAAUAAUUGACAGAAAAAGCAUGGGCAAUAUAAAAGGCAGUAGCAGAGCAUGCGCAGUACAGAUUCCCUUGCUCUAGUGGUGGAAUUGUGCUAGGCCGGCAAAUAACCGGCUGAGUUUGUGCGCAUGCGUAAUAGGCCGAGAAACGGCCUAUUAGAAAGAAAUAUAGAACGGAGACGUAUGCUGUGUACGCAUGCGCUGUUGAACGUAGUUGUGGAAAGGAAAGGCGUAAGCUAUAUGGCGGGACGAUUAAACUGCUAUGUAAGUCUGGCUUUGCUUUGUGUGUGGUAGGAAGCGGGCAUCGUUAGGGAUAAGGAGCUACUAUAGGUCCGUCCUCGGGCAUGCGAUAUGGGAUACUCUGUGCGUAGUACGGUAUCAGUUUGGAUUCCUUUUUCUUAUUUGCAUUUUUGAAACUGCGUUUGAAAAGCAGUCUGCAUGUUCUCAGAAGCCCUUGGUUCUUUGAUCUGUACAGAGCCUUGGUGGCGCAACAGACUAAAGUGCUGUUAAGUAGCACCAGCUGCCUGCAAUUACUGUAAAUUCAAAUCUCACCAGGCUCAAGGUUGACUCAGCCUUCCAUCUUUUCGAGAGCUAAAGAUGAGACGAUCAGCAGCUCCAAGUCAACUUUUGGGGCAUUCAGCCAAAAAGCCAAGAUUCAUACCUCCAGGAAAAAUCCUGCAGAAAACAUCUGAAUAUGUAGAUCCAGAAAUUAAAACAGAUAAGGUGUGCGAGAGACAAUUGUGUAGCUCAACUUCUGUAAACAUUUGUUCUACUACUUCUGGUUUUCAUUCUUCUGUAACUGUAAAAUCUAAAGAAGAAGAAUUGCCUUCUGAAAACAAGAAUACGGUGAUUGGGCAUUUGAAAUCUGGAAUGAAAUCGCUGUGCAGAACAAUAGAUUCAGCAGCAACAGAAAAAGCAGGACAUUCAGAGGAGCCCAUCUGCCUUACCAAAUAUUUCAGUGUUGUGUGGUGCAAAGCCUCAAAGAAGAAGCACAAGAAGUGGGAAGGAGAUGCUGUUCUUAUAGUGAAAGGAAAGUCCGUGAUGCUCAAGGAUAUGGAAGGCAAAAACAUUGGAAGAGGCACUGGAUAUCAGUUCAGAAUCUUAGACAAUCUCACUGAAGGUCAGAGUCUGAUGAUUGGAAGCAAAGAAAUUGAAGUGAUGGGUGUGAUAUUGGAAGAGGACUUUAAAAGUGGCAAGUGUUUUCUGUCUGGUCUGGAGAACACAGAAGAAAUUUGGAAUUCCCCAGUUGCUUCUGCAAAGCGGUUUUGUAACCCUUUCAAAAAUGUUUCCAAAGCCAAUACUAAAGAAAACUGGUCUAACUGUAAACCACGCCAUGAUCCGUUAGCUCCAAAUUCCUUAGUUAUGCCAUAUCCGUGCCCAAGUCACCAGCGAUUGUUUAACAAGUCACAUUUGCCUGUUGUGGAUGUGGUUGUAGACCCUUACAUUACAAGCCAUCUUCGCCCACAUCAGCGAGAAGGAAUUCUGUUUCUUUAUGAAUGUGUGAUGGGAAUGAGAGUGAGCAAUAGAUUUGGCGCCAUUCUUGCAGACGAAAUGGGUUUAGGAAAAACACUGCAGUGUAUUUCACUCAUCUGGACUCUCCUGCGUCAAGGACCUUAUGGAUGCAAGCCUGUAAUAAAACGAGCCUUGAUAGUAACUCCUGGAAGUCUGGUGAAGAACUGGGGAAAGGAAUUUCAGAAAUGGUUGGGAAACGAGAGAAUCAAAGUGUUCUUAGUUGAUCAGGAUCACAAAGUGGAAGAAUUCAUCAAUUCCCCCCUUUAUUCAGUCCUGAUCCUUAGUUAUGAGAUGUUUCUACGGUCUCUGGACCAAAUUCAGAAGAUAGAAUUCAGCCUUGUCAUCUGUGAUGAAGGACAUCGUUUGAAAAACAGUUCUAUUAAGACAACUGCUGCUCUUCUCAGCCUCUCCUGUGAAAGAAGAAUUAUUCUUACUGGUACUCCAGUACAAAAUGAUCUUCAAGAGUUUUAUGCUUUAAUAGAAUAUGUAAAUCCUGGAAUACUUGGUCCUUUAUCUGCCUACAAAAAGGUGUAUGAGGAGCCUAUUCUUAGAUCGCGAGAACCUUCAGCAGCUGAGGAAGACACUGAACUAGGUGAGAAAAGGGCAGCAGAGCUGAUGCAUCUAACAGGACUCUUCAUUCUUAGAAGAACGCAAGAGGUCAUCAACAAAUUCUUGCCCCCCAAAAAGGAGAGCAUACUUUUCUGUCGUCCAACAAUGUUGCAGCUUGCUCUUUAUCAAAGUCUUUUGAGCUCUCAGAUUGUUAGAUCUUGCCUACAAGGAAGUUUGGAGAAUAGCCCACAUUUGAUAUGCAUCGGGGCUUUGAAAAAACUUUGUAACCAUCCCUGCCUGCUCUUGAAAGCAAUACAGAAGAAAGAAUCUGAGUCUCGUGAUAACCAAGAUCAGACAAACCUUUAUGGUGGUUUACGUGAUGUUUUUUCUCAAGAAAGUGCUCAGACAAAUUUCUCUGAGAGUGACUCAGGAAAGUUGAAGGUGCUAACGCAGAUGCUGGCAGCAAUUCAUGAACGUGGAUCUUCAGAAAGAGUCGUUGUGGUAUCUAACUAUACACAGACGUUAAAUAUAUUACAAGAAGUAUGCCAACGAUCUGGAUAUCCCUAUACUAGACUUGAUGGCAGCACCCCCGUCUCCCAGAGGCAACAGAUUGUUGAUAGUUUCAAUAGUAAAUUUUGCCCAGCCUUCAUCUUUCUGUUAAGUUCAAAAGCUGGUGGUGUAGGUUUGAACCUUGUUGGAGCAUCUCAUUUAAUCCUGUAUGAUAUUGACUGGAAUCCAGCAACUGAUAUUCAGGCAAUGGCCAGAGUGUGGAGAGAUGGACAGAGGCAUACAGUUCAUAUUUACAGACUGCUCACUACAGGCACAAUAGAGGAGAAAAUCUAUCAGAGACAAAUCAGCAAGCAAGCUCUCUCUGGAGCAGUUGUAGACUUUUCCAAGGGAUCUGAGCAUAUCCGUUUUUCUGUCGAAGAACUUAGAAACCUCUUUACAUUGCAUGAAGAUUCCAAUUGUGUGACCCAUGAUUUGCUGGAGUGUAACUGUAUGGGAAAGAAAGAUAAUCAAGGCUGUCCUGUGAUCCAAGAUGACCAGAGUAGCCAAAGUGAUGUGAAAGUCAAAAAGUCUCUGACUAUGUCACAACUGAUGCAAUGGAAACACUUUUGUGUGGAUCACAAAAAUCUCCCUGAUCCCUUCCUUGACAGGAUAAAAGACAACCUUACAUUCAUUUUCCAAAAUAUAACAAGUUGAGAGCAACUUAGCGUCUUCUUAGUUGCAGUGAGCUUGUAUUCAUUAGGGUAUUAUCAUUUUAACAGCAGCAGCAGCAUUAUUAAUAAUAGGAUUACUGAGGAUAAAGAGCAUAUAUCAAGGUUGACACUGUAUUAUUCUUUUAAGCCUUAAAAUAAACUGGGGGAAAAAUU